AUGCGUCUCUUCUCGUGCCCUGCUCUCCCCCUUUCCUUGUACUGCGUCCUCACUUCGGCCCGGGUCAUCCAGACAACGCUCGACAAUGGCCGCCCUCAAUGCACCGUGCACGCCACAGGCAACCAGACCGACGACGUGCCAGCCAUCCUCUCCGCCUUCGCUUCUUGCGGCAACGGCGGCGACAUCGUGUUCCCGGAAGGCGAGGACUACUACAUCGCCACGCGGCUGAACCCCGUCGUCAGCGACGUCCACAUCCACUGGCGUGGCCAAUGGACCUUCUCGCCGGACCUGGCCUACUGGCGCGCGAACUCGUACCCCAUCGCCUUCCAGAACCACGCCGCGGGCUUCGUCCUCACGGGCGACCGCAUCCAGAUCGACGGCCACGGCACGGGCGGCAUCUUCGGCAACGGCAACGCCUGGUACGUCGCCGAGGCGGCCUCGCCCGUGGGCGACACGCAGCCGGGCCGCCCGAUGCCGUUCGUGCUGUGGAACGUGUCGGACGUGCGCGUGUCGGCCUUUUACGUGCGCGACCCGCAGCUGUGGGCCAUCAACAUCAUGAACGGCACCCGCCUCGCCUUCGACCGCAUCCUCGUCAACGCCACCGCCCCCGCCGCCCCGCCCGGCGUCAACUGGGUCCAGAACACGGACGGCUUCGACACCAUGGACGCCGACGACGUGACCCUGACCGACUUCACGUACCAGGGCGGCGACGACUGCGUCGCCAUCAAGCCGCGCUCGCGCAACGUCCGCGUCCGCCGCGCGCGCUGCGUCGGCGGCAACGGCGUCGCCGUCGGCUCGCUCGGCCAGUACCUCGAGGACGCGUCCGUCGAGAACGUCGUCUUCGACGACGUGGCCCUCGUCACCGGCGGCCGCUGGCUGCACGGCUCCGCCCUCGUCAAGACCUGGGUCGGCGUGCUGGUCAACCAGUCGUCGCGCUCGUACGAGAGCGCCUGGGUGCCGCGCGGCGCCGGCUGGGGGUCCGUCCGCAACGUCGUCUUCUCGAACUUCAGGGUCGAGGGCGCCGAGGCGGGGCCGCAGAUCAAUCAGAACAGCGGGAACAACGGGACCGAGGCGUUUGAGGGCAGCAGCUUGAUGGACGUGUCCAACGUCGCGUACGUGAAUUGGACGGGCUGGCUGGAUCUGGAUGAGGGGGACGCGACGACCGCGGGCAUCAGCUGCUCGACGAAGCAUCCGUGCUAUAACAUUGACUUCAAAAAUGUGAGUUUGACGACGGCGCAGAACAGCACGGAUCUGGGGACGGCCGAGUGUAAGUUUACCGAGGAAGGAGGCGUGCAUGGAGUUGAAGGGGAGGGAUGUUAA